AUGCAAGUCUAUCAAGAAAUGCAAAGUUUUUUUCCUCAUAAUAAGGUAGAAUACUAUGUCUCUUAUUUUGAUUAUUAUCAACCAGAAGCCUACAAACCUACUACUGACCUUUAUAUUGGCAAAAAAGUUCAGCGAAACGCCAGCAUUGCCAAAAUGCGUUUGAAAACUUUAAACUCUUUGGUUACUGAUCGGCAUGUAAUUGUAGUGGCUUCGGUAGCCGCCAUUUAUGGUUGUUUUAACCCUGCCGCUUAUCGCAAGGUAGUUAUUGAUUUAAAACAAGGUCAAAAAAUAGAUAAAAGUUUAAUCAAAGAUAAAUUAUUUCUACUAGGGUAUAAGCAUGAUAAAAAAAUUAAUCCCGGAAACUGUCAAAUUGAAGAAAAUAGGAUUAGUUUUAUGGUAAAGGAAUUAACCGAAAUUUCCAUUCCGCCUAGUCAAGAUUACGUGGGAGAAGAAGGAGAAGAAUUAACUAAAAUUUUAGCGAAAAUUGAGGAAGAAUUAACUAAACAAAAAGCAAUUUUUUACCAAGCAGGAAAAUUUCUGGAAGCCGAGCGGCUAGAAAAAAGGGUUCAAGAAGAUUUAUUUAAAUUGCGAGAAAUGGGUUUUUGUCCUGGAAUUGAAAACUACGCUCGUUAUUUUGACGGAAGAAAGGAAGGAGAAACUCCUUUCGUGUUAUUAGAUUAUUUUCCAGAGGGUUUUUUAACUAUUGUUGAUGAAUCUCACAUUACUAUUCCCCAAGUGAAAGCCAUGUAUAACACCGACCGCUGUCGUAAAGAAACCUUAGUAAAAUAUGGCUUCCGACUACCUUCGGCUUUGGACAACCGACCGCUCAGUCAAGCAGAAUUUUUCAAAAAAAUUAAUUUUUCUCUCUAUGUCUCUGCUACUCCUGGCAAUUUUGAACUAGAAAAAGUAAAUUAUCGACCGGUAGAGCAAAUUAUUCGUCCUACUGGUCUUUUAGACCCCCAAAUAGAAGUAAGGCCUCGCAACCGCAGUGAUAAAAAUAGCGAAAUGGUUAAUAUCAUUCGCGAAAUAGAAAUAAGAAAAGAAAGGGGAGAAAAAGUUCUGAUUUAUGCUCUAACUAUUGCGAUGUCUGAGGAUAUCGCAAGGUAUUUACAAGAAAGAGAAAUUCGAGUAGUAUAUUUACACAGUCGCUUAGAAAUUUUUGAGCGGUAUCAAACCAUUACUAGUUUGCGACGGGGAGUAUAUGAUGUGAUAGUAGGAAUUAAUUUAUUGAAGGAAGGGAUAGAUUUACCAGAAGUUUCCUUAGUAUGUAUAUUAGAUGCUGACACUCCUGGAUUUUUACGAGAUACUCGCUCGCUAAUUCAAAUCAUUGGCCGAGCUUCGCGGAAUAAGAGCGGCAAGGUUAUUUUAUAUGCGGAUGAAAUCACUAGUAAUAUGCAAAGUGCGAUUGAGGAAACUAAUCGUCGACGUCAUCUCCAAGCCGCCCACAACCUUCAAAAUAAUAUUACCCCUCAAACCAUCGAAAAACCAGUCAAAGAUAUCGCCCUUGACCCCCUAAUUUCCUUGCAAGUGGAAAAAGCACAAAAAGGAGAAAUGGAGGAAAAAGAGUUAAAAAAAUUAGUUAAAGAUUUACGGAGACAGAUGAAAAGAUCCACCAAAGAAUUUAAGUUUGACCAAGCCAUUGCUUUCCGCAAUGCCCUUUUAGAUUUAGAAAAAGUGGAGAAGACAAUUACCGAUAAUUCUAAAAUAAUUAUAUAG